UGUGGGGAGGUACGGUAGUAUGGAAGAGCAACGACAGGAAAACGAUGCUGGGCAGCCUGUACGGGUAGAACGGCCACCUCUGGAAAAGGAAACGCCGACCGAGCAGCAGCAUACGCCGGCUCCAAGAAUCACUGGAGAUGCCGCCCGGCUUUUUGCAGCAGGGCACACACCUCGUCAUGCCGCCGAGGUGGAAGUGCUCAGUGAGGAGGACGAGCAGGCAAACUGCACUCCCCUUGGUGGGCACCUAGAUCCCCAAUCAGGCACAGUAAUGGAGGAAAAUCCAGACAUGCCCGUGUAUGUGGGAGCCCUACGAGCCAUCUUGGCCGAGUUCCAAGUUGAUAUGGGAAAGACAGUCAACGCUGAGGUGCAGAAGAGCAUGUUGAUUUACACCACCACUGCAGCUGCCAAUCAUGAGAGGCCUGCGGAUAACAGGCCGUCAUUGUCCCUGCGUCCCACGAACGUCUGGACCAGGCAGACGAGCGAGGAUGUCAGGAGGCGGCUGCCAGCAAAUCAGGCCUUGUCUUACCUACCGCGCCGACUGCCUCAACGGCUGGUCGGCAAAACGUCUCGAGGACGUGAGAAGCCACACGUAGAGCAGGUUCAUGAUUCUGAGUCUGAACUUUCUGAUACCGGGUCAACCCCCGUCAUGCCGGAUAGACCUCUCCCUCACCCAACUUACACGCACUUGAGCCAGGCGCGCCCAGGGGCCACUCGUCCAACUCUUCAAACUCGCCGUCGUGAGUCUUCUCGGCGAGAGCCGUACUCAAGGUACCAGGAUCCUGUGUAUCACAUUCAGGAGGGAGUCUCCAACAUGGCCUUGGGACAUUCCACCCCUUUUGCAGAUAACAUCAUGAGAGCACCGAGGGAGCCCAAGGUUAAGCUGCCCAACAUUGAUGCCUAUGAUGGGACUACAGAUCCAGACAUGCAUCUCUUAGUUUACCGGCAUCACAUGUACGUUCAAGGAACAACUGACUCAACUUGGUGUAAGUAUUUCCCCGGUACUCUCAAAGGAGUAGCAUCUAAGUGGUUUGAGAGGCUUCCAACUGGAACCAUUCGCUCUUUUUCGGAGCUCGAGUUAUUGUUUUCUACCCGGUUCAUGGCUCACAAGGAAGAAAAGAAGACGAGCAUGCAUUUGAGUCGAAUUCAGCAAGGGAAAGAUGAGUCUCUAAGGAGCUAUGUGAAAAGAUUCAACUUAGAGGCAGGGAAAAUUCCAGAUUUGCCGGAUGGUGUUGCAUUUGAUAACUUCAUUAGAGGGCUUAAGAAGGGCUCAUUCAAGUUUGAUCUGGUAAAGAAAAGUGUGCGAACUAUGGCAGAGGUGCUGGAUGAGGCCGAGGCCUUUAUCCACGCAACAGAAAUUUACAGUGUCCCGAAAGAGCCUCGAGGAAGUGAUACCGCUGAGCCAGCGGCAAAAAAAGAGAAAUUUGAGAAAAAGAGCCGGCCUAAUGGGACUUGGGCUAUUGCAAAGGAAUCAGACCGGGCUCCCGGGGCGGCAGGUCAGAAGAGGUCCGAAACCUAUGACAGGAAACGAUUUGAGUAUAACACAGACAUGUACACAAUUCUGAUGGACGUUGGGUCCAAGUAUGAGAUUGACCGACCAUUUCCCAUGAAGUUGCCACCGGAAAGCAGGGACCCUAAGAUGUAUUGUCACUUUCAUAGUGACAUUGACAUGACACCAAAGAAUGUAAGAGCCUAAAAAGGGCACUGGACGACCUAGCCGCUAAGGGAUUCCUAAAGAGUUAUAUCAGCAGGAAUACAGGAGGUUUCGGAAAACCGUUCUACAAAAAGAACAAUCACCUCCCUCAGAAGAGGAUGGGAACCGUACUGACCCAGAGUUUGUGGCUGUCAUAUCAGGAGGGUUGGCCGCCGGUGGUCCAACCAUGAGGGGUCAGAAAGAUUAUGCCAAGCGGCUGGGGCAAGUGAUGUUGUCAAGCAAGGCCACAACCGACCCAUUUCCAAAAGUAGAAAUCGGCGAGGCCGACCGUGGGAAAAUUGCCACCCCGCAUGACGAUUUGUUGGUGAUUGAGUUAAACGUCGCCAAUCUGAGGGUUAGGCGUAUCUUGGUUGAUACAGGAAGUUCGUCAGACAUAAUUAGUCUAGAGUGCUUGAACCGGCUGCAACAUGAUUCCUCAAAGAUCGAGAAAAUUCACUAUCCCAUUAUAGGCUUCGGAGGUAGUGUCAUCCAACCAGUCGGCAUCAUUUCUCUCCCUGUGCGAAUGGGAAACAAAAAAGAAUCUCGUCAAAUGGACGUCCGUUUCCUCAUAGUGAAAGAUCUGACGACAUAUAAUAUUAUCUUGGGGCGUCCUACCUUGAACAGGGCAAAGGCUGUUAUUGUGACUCACUUGAUGCUUCUUAAGUUUGUCUGUGAUGAUGGGAGCGUCAGCACCAUACAUGGUGAUCAGCAACAAGCUAGAGACUGCUAUUUAACCACCUUGAGUCCGGAAGCAUGGGGGUCAGGUGAAGAGAAAGACACGUUGGGAAACAAACGAAAAUGUGGCGACACACAAUCCAAAUCCCUGAAAGAGACACUAACUAUCUCAGCGGCGCACAUGGAAGAAAGACGGCCAGAGCCUGUUGGGGCUCAUUUCACUGUGGUAUUGAAUACAGAUAAGCCAGGCAGAGUAGUGCCCAUUGGAAUUCCUCCUGACGACCCGAUGUCGGCAGAGUUGGUCCACCUAUUAAGAGAAUUUGAAGAUAUUUUUGCCUUUAAUAUUGAAGAAAUGCCAGGCAUUGACCCUGCCGUGGCCGUCCAUAAGCUGAAUGUGGACCCAAAUUUUAAACCGGUCCGACAAAAGAAAAGGAACCAUGGGGAAGAUAGAAAUCAGGCGGCAGCGGCGGAAAUACAGAAGUUGAUGGAUGCAGGGUUUGUUCGGCCUAGUCAGUAUCCCGACUGGGUUGCUAAUGCAUGUGGUCCUCGUCAAGAAACCAAACGGCACCUGGAGGAUGUGUGUUGAUUACACCAACCUCAAUAAGGCAUGUCCCAAAGACAGCUUCCCACUGCCGAAGAUCGAUCGGCUUGUCGACUCCACGGCGGGACAUGCCAUGAUGAGCUUCAUGGAUGCAUACUCAGGGUUUCAUCAGAUCCCCUUGUGGCCUGACGACCAGGAAAAAACGUCAUUUAUUACAGAACAAGGUCUAUACUGCUACAAAGUAAUGCCGUUUGGGUUAAAGAAUGCACCGGCCACCUUUCAGCGUCUUAUUAAGACUGUGUUCACCAAACAGCUCGGCAGAAACAUUGAAGCUUACAUUGAUGAUAUGAUUGUGAAAAGUAAGCAGCGGGCGGCACACAUAGCUGAUCUGAGGGAGACAUUUGAGACUAUUUGAGCUUACAACAUGAGAUUGAAUCCUAAGAAGUGUGUGUUUGGGGUAACGUCGGGCAAAUUAUUAGGUUUCUUGAUUGAUGAAAGAGGAAUUGUAGCCAACCCGGACAAGAUCCAGGCAGUAAUUGACAUGAGCUCACCAAAGACAGUAAAAGAGGUCCAGCGGCUCACAGGUUGUCUGGCCGCCCUGGGCAGAUUUCUUUCCAGAGCCGGAGACAAAUGUCACUACUUUUUUAGGGCAAUCAGAAAGAAGGCUAAGUUUGAAUGGUCGGAUGAAGCCGAGGCGGCGCUGGUUAGAUUAAAAGAGUAUUUGCACACCUUACCUCGUCUUGUUAUCCCUUUGCAGGGAGAGACUUUAUACAUGUAUCUUGCUGUAUCUGAACACUCGCUGAGUGCCGUUCUACUGACAGAGAGGGAAGGAAUACAGAUGCCAGUGUACUUCGUCAGUCAUGUUCUUCAAAAUGCUGAAAUUAGAUACCCUACGGUGGAAGAAUUUGGUUUAGCCUUGUUUAUGGCCAGCAAAAAGCUUCGUCCUUACUUCUUAGCCCACAGGAUUGUGGUCUACACGGAUCAGCCGCUUAAACUGCCUUUCACAAAGCUGGAGGCGUCAAGCCGAAUGCUGAGCUGGGCUAUCGAGCUGAAUGCCUUUGAUAUCACUUAUGAACCUAGAAAAGCCGUCAAGGGGCAAGCUUGUGCAGACUUUAUUGUUGAAAUGACGAGCCCUGUCUUUGACAAGAAUACAAAGACGGUGUGGACAUUGUACGUAGACGGCUCGUCCACGCAGAACGGUUGUGGAGCCGGGAUAAUCUGCCAAUCGCCAGAAGGGGAUACUUUUGAGUAUGCUAUGCGGUUUAACUUCCAGGUGUCCAACAAUGAGGCUGAGUAUGAAGCCCUGCUUUGUGGUAUUAAAAUGUGUAAAGCGGUCGGUGCCGAAGAAAUCUUAGCACUAUCUGACUCUCAACUGAUUGUGAGCCAAGUCAAUGGAACCUACGAGGCAAGGGAACCGACGAUGGUUAAGUAUAUGCAGGCCGUCCACCAAGAGGUGGAGCCACUGAAAAGCUUUGAAGUAAGGCAAGUCCCUCGCUCAGAAAAUAACCAAGCCGAUGCCUUGUCAAAGUUGGCCAGUUCUGCGUCUUGUGAUAGCCCUCGUCACGUGUUCUGGGAGGUAAAGGAACAUAAAAGCAUCAAGAAAAUGGAGGUAGAAACUCUAGACAGGACCUCCACAUGGAUGGAUGACAUAAUUAACUUCAAAAUGAAUGGAGUCUUGCCAGAAGACUCGAGGCAAGCUGUAAUACCUCGUAUUUUUCUAUAAUUAUAAAUAUAUUUUUAUUAUAUUUAUAAAAAAUUUCGUGUAUUUUUAUAAAUUAAUUUCAUUUAAUGAGAAUUAAAUGCGCUUUUGUUUUUAAUUAAUUUAAAUAUUAAUUAUUUCGAAAACCGUAUUUUAUCAAAUAAAUUCAAGGAAUUUAUUUAAUCGGGAAUUGUUGGGUCGUAUUUCAAAAACGAAUUUAACAAACUUAAAGCCCGGUCGUUUUGUUUUAAUUAAACCCAACAAAGCUUGCAAGGAAUUUAAUGAACUAAGCCCGAAAGCAAGCCCAACUCAAAAUUACCCUAACCUAGCCCACAAAGGAGAGGAACCUAUAAAUAAGACCUCAUGUCAAACCCUCACAACCAAAAAAAUUCAGAAAUCUCUCUCUCCUCUUCCCCUCUCCUUGCGGCACACUCCAACCCACACUCCCUCCUCUUCGUGCGCCCUUGCUUGCAGCGGAAGCCAGCCCCCUCGCCCGUCUCUCUCGCCCGUCCCGCAGCGCAGCGUAGCACUACGUGCCUGCGAGUUGCGUGGUCGUGCUCGCCCUCGUGCAUCACCCUCGACGUGCCGCAACACAACAGCAACAUUGUGUGUGCGGGUUGUGUGCCUCGCCCGUGCCCAGCUCGUCGCCCCUCUCGUCCCUUUGUGCGCGCGCACCCGCUGCUGCUUGCGGAGUUGAUUUCUAGUGAGUCGUGAUUCGCACAGUGGCCCCCGUACGGUAUUCCAGAUUUUCAAUAAAGCAGGUUUGUAGAGAUAACUUGCGGGAGAAGUUAUCAUGGGAUUCGUGUUGAGAGUUAAUUUUCCGUAAUUUAUAAACUCUAUUUACUUUUAUUUAUAGUCAUGACUAAUAUUACUAUUUCAGUUAAUGGAUUUCAAACGGUUUGUUUUAGUUUGGGCCUCAACGGUUCCAACUUGUUUUAAUGACCAUUAACUAUUUAUUUAAUAUGUUUGAAAGUUAGUUAAUUCUGCUGCGUAAUUCUGGUAAAUAGCCUUAGCCGUUAUCACGGUGGCGGUAAUAUCUUGGUAAUUCCUGUGUUUUAAGUUGGAAAAUGUUUUAUAAAAAGCAAGGAAUUAUUAGGGUGUUACAAAGUGGUAGUUGCGGAGCUCUAGUUUGAGAGCUGCUUUGCAUUAAUUAAUAGUGCAAAGUGGUAAAUCCUUAAACUAUGA